GCGGCCCUCGGGUGUAGGAGACAUAUGGCGGCGGGGGGCGCGAAGAAGCAGGUCCGCUUUGCCCGGUUGGAAGAAGAGGAGGGAGCGCGAGAAGAAGCGGGAGCCCUCAGGGACGCCGUUGGGGAGGAUGCGGCCGCCGGAGAGUCGCCGCCUGGAAGCUCGGCGCCGCUCGCCCUUCAGCCGGUCGUAAAGGUGGCUGAUGGCAGCGGGCGAAGAAGCCGGGCAGGUGGCGGCCUUGGCGCUGGAAAGCUGGCGGCGGCGGCGGCGGUGGCGGCUUCCCGGCGGGCACUGAAGUGGUGCAUUUCGGCUGCUCUUUGCGCCGCUUUCCUGGGCCUGGGGAUGGCUAUUGCUAUUCUAGGACCAACAUUUCAAGACUUGGCUGCAAAUGUGAACAAAAAUGUCAGUCAAAUUUCAUAUAUCUUCGUGGGCCGUUCAGCGGGAUACUUUAGUGGUUCUCUAAUUGGUGGAAUACUUUUUGACUGCAUGAACUCCAAGUUACUUUUGGGAUUAUCCAUGCUGGGUACAACACUAGGUCUAUAUGCUAUUCCAUGGUGUAAGAAAGCCAUCUUGUUAACGACCGUGAUGGCUGUCAUUGGUUUUGCAAUGGGAAUUCUGGAUACAGGUGGGAAUGUUCUGGCUUUGGACACAUGGCAAGCAGAAGCUGGUCCUCACAUACAGGCCUUGCAUUUCAGUUUUGCCCUUGGAGCUUUUGUAGCUCCCAUCCUGGCGAAGAUGGCCCUGGGUGGUUCUGCCCUUGAAUUGCAGAUCCAUCCGGGUAGCAGUGUUGGUAACCAGUCAGCUAUGAAUUCUCCUCCUGGAGCUACGUUGUUGCCGAAGCUUCAUUUAAACUGGAAUUUUGUGUGGUCUUAUGCUGUGAUUGGCACUUACCUCUUACUCGUUGCAUUGUUUUUCUUUACUUUAUAUUUGAGGAGCAUUCCUGUUCGAGGUAGAACAAAACUUUCCGUGCAGAAAUACCAAAUUGCGAAAUAUCACUAUGCUCUCAUAGUGCUCCUUUCUGUGUUUUUUUUUUGGUACGUUGGAGCAGAGGUAACCUAUGGCUCCUACAUUUUUACUUACGCAAAAACCUACGCCCAUAUGAAAGAAAAGGAAGCAGCAGGAUUGAACUCUCUCUUUUGGGGCACCUUUGCAGCUUGCAGAGGAUUGGCAAUCUGUUUCGCAGCCUGCUCUUAUCCUGGAUCUAUGAUCCUGAUAAGUAUCAUAGGCUCUACUGUGUCAUCACUCUUCCUGGUCCUCUUCAAUGUACACACAGUCACUCUGUGGGUUGGUUCCGCAGUGUAUGGUGCCUCAAUGGCUACUAUCUUUCCCAGUGGCAUAUCUUGGAUAGAGCAGUACACCACCAUUCAAGGGAAAUCUGCAGCAAUGUUUGUCAUGGGUGCAGCUCUAGGAGAAAUGUGUAUUCCUGCGGCGGUUGGCUUCCUUCAAGGAUAUUUUCCCACUCUCCCAGUGCUCAUGUACACUGCAUUGGGAGCAGCUGUCAUGACAGCUGUACUGUUCCCUGUGAUGUGUAAAUUAGCGGCAUCAGCUGCUGAUGCUAAAGUGAAGGAUGCCGGAGACAGGGAAGUUCAAGAAGCGUUACUGUCCAGCACUUAUCCGGAAGACGAUGAGGAGGAUAAUGAAAUCAGAGAAUGGAAUGAAGUAGACUUUGAAAUAAUUGAGAUGAAUGACACACCCCGGAACUCUGUCAUAGAGACCUCCAAGAAGAUCCAAGAAGAAUUUACUACCACCAACUCUGGCCAGCUUCCUUCAGAGAAUUUGUCAUUUAAUUCUUCUCCUGUACUUGUCGUCAGAUCCCCAAAACAGAAUAAGAAUGAUUAAGUUAUCUUAAUUUCAACUUUAAGAUCAUAUAUUAUUUCAAUAUUGGUGGGAAGUUUGCUGAAUUCUAAGCAAGGCCUUUUUAUUGUAAAGUCUGAGGGAAGCGGUAACUCUGAAAGGAGUUGAACUCUUUGUUUAACCAUGAGAAUGACUGAAAGACAAAGUAGAAUGUUUCCUAAAUUUCUUCUUGUAAUAUUUUUUUCAGGAAAAUGAAAACACUAAUUAGAAUAAAUAAACAGAACUUGUUUUCUACUCUAGCAGUCCCCAAACUUUCCGGAUCAGAAGGGACGGCAGGUGGAGAGAGGGGAUGAUUUCGUUUGUGUGCCACUUUCCACCAAUGCAGCUUUGUGCAUGCGCACGCUCGCCCACUGCUUGUGCAGCCCAGUUACCAAUGGGCCACAGUCUGGCUCCAGGUUGUGGACCAGGGGUUGUGGACUCUUGUUUUCCUCAGUGUUGUCUUAUAAAAUGAUGUUUAUAAUCUGUGUACUGUGCUACAAGAGGCUGAAGAAUAAGAAUCUUCAAUUCAUUGAGGUCAUCUCUGGAAACAAGAUAAAUCUGGAAAAUCAAUCCUUGAAAACCUCUGCAUUUCUAACUCAACAGUUCCAUGUGUUUAGAUUGAAUCCUAAAUAUAUUCUAUCCUAUUUAACAAAAAGAAUUCUUUUUGAAAAAAUAAGUACAUGGCCACAGUUAUGGUUAAAUUAGCAAAUACAUAUUUUAAAAUUUUGCUCAGAAGCACUUUUAUAAUGGAAAUAAUUGCUGAAAAGGAUUUAAGUUUAUACUGAUAUAAUAGCUACAGUAACUCUGGGAAUUGAAUAAACUGGAGUUAAGAUUGCUCAUUGAGUUUAGCAACAAUGCAGCAUAAUCUCAGAUCAUGCUCGCAAAGCAGAUCACCUGCAAUACCAAGAGGAAUCCUAUGGCUGCUUUGGGAUUUCUGAAAUAAAUCUUGUAGUCCAUUGCAGACUUUUAAGGGGUAAAGAGGAUGAAUUUGUUUCCCAGAAAUUUGAUCAUUUCAAAAUGUAAACUGGGUUGUUUUUUUCUCUACCUGCAUUUUCAAGUACAGAAGUAUAAUUUGUUGUCAUCUCAGCCACACUAUUAAGUGACCUUAUAUUUAAAUAGUAGGAUCCUGUGGUACUUGAUAUGUUCAUGUAACCUCUUGGAUAGUUGAGUUUUAAAAUUAAAAUCUAAGAAACUUCCCAUCAGAGAUGUUAUAUUAUAAAAUAUAAAUCAGUAAAAAUCUUUUGGUAUUUUUCAAAAACCAUCUUUCAGCAAAUUGUUAAGAUAUUGUGGACAUAACUAUAAUUGAAAAUUCAAAAUCUAUCAAGAGCUGGUGAUAUGCACUGAAGCCACCUUUCCCACCUUUGUGCCUUCUAGAUGUGUUUGACUGCAGCAUUCAUAAUUCCUAAUCAGUAGGAUUUUUGUGUUGGGUAAAGAUUAAAGGAAUUUAGAACCAUUAUAUUUAAACAUAAUCAGGCUGGGGAGGCUAGUUGAAAAAGUGACUUUCUUAAAAAUUAAAAAUUGUCAUUGUGAAAAGAAAAAUCAGUGCUAAUUAUCUCUACAGUACCCGUGUGUUGAAUUCAGAAAGCCUUAUUGUGGCUAGUGUUGGAGAAAUGUUGAAAUUGUGAUCAUUUUUUAAAAAUUAUUGAUCAAAAUAUAUUCACUGAUAUUUUAACUGCUAAAAUUAGAUGCUUGUAAGUGUAAAAUGAACACCAGAUGUGAUUAAAAUGCAAUAGUGUUAGUGUUUCUAUACCACUGUAAAUGAAGAUUGAGUUGUGAUGAGAAGGAUCAUUUGAAUGAUUCUUAUUCUUCUUAGAUAAUUAUGGUAACUACUGCAGCUUCUGUAGUAGGCUGCCUGAAGUUACUGAAUAUUAAUUUAUAUGUGGAAUAGACACUUUUGAAGAGUUUGGGAUCUUUCUUUUCUCUGUACACCAAUAAACAUGACUGAAGUUGUUCUGAGGGCCCUUUGGGUGCAGAUCAAAUUGUGGGGAAAGUAGACCAAGGGAACUUGAUGGCUAUGAGUGGCCGUUGUUUUACCUGUUGUUAAAUGUAACCCUUAAUAUCACUGGGGGAGAUCAUGUCUCCCAACAGUGUAUAUAUUACAUCUUUUUGGAUGUGUGCAUGUUGAAGUUAAUAGUACAAAAAACUAUGAAUCGCUUUGACUUAUACCUUUUGAUACUUUGUUCUAUUCUACAGUAUGUUAUUUGCCCCUAAGUAUUGCAAUUAUUGCUUGGAUAUGAUUUUGUUUUCUUGUGUGUUCCCAAUGUUACAAUAAUUUUGUAAUAAAAUUGAAAUAGGGAGUGUAUUUA